AUUUAGAAAAUAAAAUUAGGUGAUGCCCAAAAAAUUAGGUUUUUCAUUGUCAUUGAGCAAGGAUUUUGCUUUUGAAAGCGAUUCAACAUUUCUGCUAUAAGGCAUGAUGGUGGAAUCAAGUGAGUAUCCAGUUCGUCCUGGUAUAAAAGAUUGUCAGUUUUAUCUAAGAACUGGUAGAUGCGGCUACGGAGAAAAUUGUUGCUACAAUCAUCCAAAGGAGACACCAAGAGGGAAGAUUAAUAUGCCAAAGUGUAAGUUUUUUCUGAGAGGAAAAUGUAAGAACGGCUCACAUUGUGAUUUUGAUCACUCAAAGGAAGGGGAUCGUGCAGAACAUACGCGUCAGGGCCAGAAAAGAUACAGAACUGAGUCAACGUCAAGGUCAAGUCCAAGUCCAGAGAAGAGGAAACAUAGGCAGGGAGAUAUUGAGAAGCAGAAAACAGAGGCUGAAGACAUUCCGCAGGGAGAAAAAUUGAGGGAGAUGCAAGAGAAUGAUAAUGAUCAACAGAAACUAGUGGAACAGAGAAAGAGAGAUAUUGAGAGGCAGAGGAGAGAGGCUCGUUUGAGUCUUGAGCAGAUCAAACCAACAGUUUAUUUUGAUGAAGCCAUUCGCAUCAGAGAGAUAUUAGCAGAAUUUGGAUUCAUACAUACAGAAGGCGAUGGAUUAUAAUAGUUACGAGGAUACAAAAGAGAAUUCCAGCUUCUUGGAACACAAGAAACUGAUGCGUUGUGAAGCUUUCGUUUUUUUAACCUCGUGGUUGUUGUAUUGAUUAAACUACCGAAUAAAUACUGAGAUUGGGAUACAUUUGAGCAUAUAUGCUCUGGAGAUAAGCCAGUAAAAACAAAUAAUAGAUCAAAAAGUUAAAUAUCAUAAACUUUAUUUUAUCA